AUGGGUGUACAGAGGUGCUUUCUCCCCUGGUUUGUGCUGAGUGUUCUGCUGGCUGUGGGAGCCAUAGAGGGAUCCAGGAAUCGGGAAUGGCUUGGUGUCCCAAGGCAACUUGGAACUAAAGGCUGGAACAGGCAGCUGUACCCUGAGUGGACAGAGGUUCAGGGGCCUAACUGCUGGAGAGGUGGCCAGGUAUCUCUGAAGGUCAGUAAUGAUGGGCCUACACUGGUUGGUGCCAACGCCUCUUUUGCCAUUGUCCUGCACUUCCCUGGAAGUCAAAAGGUGCUGCCAGAUGGGCAGGUUAUCUGGGCCAACGACACCGUCAUCAAUGGGAGCCAGGUGUGGGGAGGACAGCCAGUGUAUCCAGAGGAACCUGAUGAUGCCUGCGUCUUCCCUGAUGGUGGACCAUGCCUAUCUGGUCCUAAGCCUCCGAGAAGAAGCUUUGUCUACGUUUGGAAGACCUGGGGACAGUACUGGCAAGUUCUGGGGGGCCCAGUGUCCAGGCUGAGCAUCAUGACAGGCCAUGCAAGGCUGGGUACGCAUGCCAUGGAAGUGACUGUCUACCACCGACGGGGGUCCAGGAGCUACGUGCCCCUCGCUCACUCCACAUCAGCCUUCACCAUUACUGACCAGGUCCCCUUCUCUGUGAGUGUGUCGCAGCUACAGGCCUUGGAUGGAGCGAACAAGCACUUCCUGAGAAAUCAGCCUCUCAAAUUUGCCCUUCAGCUCCAUGAUCCCAGUGGCUAUUUGGCAGAGGCUGACCUCUCUUACACGUGGGACUUUGGAGACAAAACUGGGACCCUGAUCUCUCGGGCAGUUGAAGUCAUUCAUACUUACCUGGAGUCGGGCUCAGUCACCGCCCAGGUGGUACUGCAGGCUGCCAUUCCUCUCGUUUCCUGUGGCUCCUCCCCAGUCCCAGGCACCACAGAUGGCUACACGCCAACUGCAGAGGCACCUGGAACCACAUCUAGGCAAGGGACCACUACAAAAGUUGUGGGCACUCCACCUGGCCAGAUGCAGACUACAGAGCCCUCUGGAACCACAGCUGUACCAAUGCCAACAACAGGAGGCACAGCUACUACAUCUGAGCACAUGCUGACCUCAACAGUAAUGGACACCACACUGGCAGAGAUGUCAACUAUUGAGGGUACAAGCGCCACACCCAGAAGGCCGUCUGGAGCCACAGUGGCACAAGCAGCAACCACAGACUUGGCGGAAACUACCACUGAAGAACUACCCACCCCUGAACCUGAGAGUUCGGAUGCCAGCCCCUUUCUGCCCAUAGAAAGCACUACAGUGUCUGACACUCCUCUACUGGACGGCACAGGCACGUUAAUGCUUGUGAAGAGACAAGCUCCCCUGGAUUGUGUUCUGUAUCGAUAUGGUUCUUUCUCCCUCACCCUGGACAUUGUCCAGGGUAUUGAAAAUGCGGAGAUUCUGCAAGCUGUGCCCUCCAGUAAGGGGGAUGCAUUUGAGCUGACGGUGUCCUGCCAAGGCGGGCAACCCAAGGAAGCCUGUAUGGACAUUUCAUCUCCAGGGUGCCAGCCCCCUGCCCAGAGGCUAUGCCAACCUGUGCCACCAAGCCCUGACUGCCAGCUGGUUCUACACCACAUACUGAAAGGUGGCUCAGGGACCUAUUGCCUCAAUGUGUCUUUGGCUAAUUCUAACAGCCUGGCAGUGGCCAGCACCCAACUUGUUGUUCCUGAUCACGAAGAUGGCCUUGGGCAGUUCCCCUUGCUUGUCGGCGUCUUGCUGGUGUUGAUGGCUGUGGCCCUUGCAUCUCUGAUAUAUAGGCACAGACUUAAGAAGCAGGGUUCAGUUCAUCCUAUUUCCCAAACACCACUCGGUGGCACCCACUGGCUGUGCCUGCCCCCAGUCUUCCGCACUCGCCAGGCUGGUGAGAACCGCCCACUCCUCAGCAGACAGCAGGUCUGA